GCGGGAGGAGGUCGCUAUAAAUAUGCGCGCUUGCCUGGCUGUUCUUGCUGUUAGUACAGAUGCUCGUCACUUGUCUUCUUCUUAGGUCGCCCCGAGCCGGAUGCUGACGCCUCCAGGACUGCGGGGGUAGAAGAGCUCGGUUAUCCUUACAUUUCAAUUAAAACUGUUUAACCGCGUGUAUGUUGGUCAAGUCCUGCCCGUCCUCCCUGCCUGGAAACAUAGCAUUUGUUCUGGCUCUGGUAGGGAGAGCCACUUGGGAGCUUGACAACAAGUCUUAGCCAGGCUUGGGAAACCUGGUCUGCUUAUCCGUGGCCCAGGUCAGGCCCCCAAACCAGUAGCAAGAGUGGAAAUUAAGAGCUGAGUUUUCAGUGGCUUCCUGCUGCUGUCAUUGCAGGGUCGGGUUUAAGUUUUGACUGCAUAGGUUUGGGUGAACUUGCUUCCCAAUGAUGGCUGAGCCUGCAAGAACGUCUAUCACCAGGCUGGAUCCCCACCCCCCUCCACAACGCACUUUCUCAAAGUCUCCAGGUGGCAGACCUGCUCUGAGGGACUUUUCCAACAAGCUGAGCCUUCUGCUGUGGGGCAGCAAGUUGCAUCUGGAGCUAGUACUUAAUCAUGGCUGUUAGUGAAGAAAACCCAUGGAUUGAUUUCUAAAUCCCUAAGGCUACUGAAGACCUGGCCACCUGGCUGACACUAUCUGGAAGGACCGAAGUCCCUAUGAUCUUGUUGGCCUUGGGGAAACAGCCCCUAGAACCUUGGUUCCCUGCCCAGUGCUGGUUGGUGGUCACGGGUCAGCCACAGCCAAAGCAGGAACGGGGGAACAUGGACCAGUCUAGAUACUGCCUGCCAUUAGAGGGCAGCAAGGGUUAAAUGGCUUCAGGGUCCCAGUGGGCCCUGGACUACAGCUGUGAUUGGCCUGAGCUGGACAAUGCCUCUGUGAUGUCGGCCCACCCCUGCUGUGAAAUGGAGGCUCCUGAGCCCUGGGCAGCAGUGGAGUUGCCGUCCAGAUACAGAUCAUGACAAAACACCUGUCCAUGCUGCAGGAAAGAGGUGAAAAGGAAAAAGAUGGUCCACGUGAAUAAGCUCCGGAAAACCAUUGGCCGUCUAGAAGUCAAGUGCAAGAACGCAGAGGCUGGCUGCUUGGUGACAUGCCCCCUGGCCCAUCGCAAGGGGCACCAGGAUGCCUGCCCAUUCGAGCAGAUGACCUGCCCCAACGAGGGCUGCACUGUGCGGGUGCCCCGUGGAGCCCUGGCUGAGCACCGCCAACACUGUCAACAAGGUGGGGAGCAGCGCUGCGUCCUGGGCCUGGCUGAGCGUGCACACCGUAAUUGCCACCAUGAGCUGCGCAAUACCUGGAGCGCGCGCCAGGAGCGCAGCGGUAACCUGGUGCUGAGCCUGCUGCGGCAUGUGCGCCGGGUGCAUCGCACCACCAACCUCAUCCGCAGGCAGCUGGCCCAGCUCGGAAACUUCCUGGGUGCCGCGCAGGACGAGGCCGAGACCAUUCUAGAGGGCAGUGUUGUGACGGAGGUGUAAAUAGAGGGUUAAAUAAAUGCGGAGCCCAGGCCAGGCCCACCUCACCACCUCUGUGCCUGCUGGUCUAGUGCACUGUCACAUUUGCUGCCCCUGUGAACUUCCCCAGGCACGUCUCCCCCUUACACACCCACUUUACCUUUUAUCCCCCAGCUUUUAAAUUCUUUCCUCUACUGGGUCUUAACACUGAAUAGUUCUGGAAAGCUCUUUCCUUCCUUUCCAUUUGCUUGCUUGCUUGCUUUUUUCCUCUUAAUGUCUCUUCUUCCACUUGUUCCUCCAAUCUGUUUUACCAGUUUCAUGACCAGUAGCACAAACAGCUCAAAAGCUUGAACACAGAGUAAAAACCAACUCCUGGUAAUGGCUCACAAGGAACCUGAAUUCUCUGUAGCUACCUGUCUCUGUGGGUCUGGGCCAGUGGCUGUCCUUCAGCCUGAGCAGAACUUCUAGAAAACCACAGGACUCCAUUCACUUCAGUUGCUCAUGUGUUGCCUUCUCAAAGAAGCCUCCUUCACAACUCCAUUUAAACCUGUACCUCCUGCCCUGGGCCUCUUCCCUGGUGAUCUGCAUUUCCACAAUCAUAUAGUCUGAUUACCUCUCACCCUCUGCUGCCUCCUGGAAAGUGA